GGCGGGUCCCUAAGCUGUUUCCGGAAACAUGGAGGCUGUUGUGAGUGAUGUGGUGGCUCCUGAAGACCUUUUAAAAUUUGAAAAGAAAUACAACAGUGAGCUGCUGAAGGGAGCUGUCUCCAAAGAAACAAAGUUUGAAUAUGCUUGGUGUCUGAUCAGGAGUAAAUACUCGCAGGAUAUCAAGAAGGGAAUUGUGCUCUUGGAAGAGCUUGUUCAGAAAGCCUCAAAGGAUGACUCCCGGGACUUCUUGUUCUAUCUUGCGGUGGCCAACUACAGGCUCAAAGAAUAUGAAAAAGCCCUAAAGUACAUCCGGACCCUUCUGAGGAACGAGCCAGGGAACAAGCAAGCACUGGAUUUGGAGAAACUCAUUGACAAGGCUUUAAAGAAAGAUGGCUUGGUUGGCAUGGCAAUCGUUGGGGGAAUCGGUCUUGGCGUGGCCGGUUUAGCGGGACUCAUCGGCUUGGCUGUGUCAAAGGGAGCUGCCAAAUCCUAAUCCUUGAUCUGAGACGUGUCUUCAUUUUGCUGGACUGAUACACUGACCCUUCCCUUGCAUAGAGAAUUAAAACCUGUGUGGAGAAAGCAUGAAGGAUGUAACAUAUUGGUUUGAAGUGGAGUAUUUACUGCUAUACAUUAAGGGGUCAAAUAAUGCCAGUGAGUAAUCUGUUUUCAUAUUUUAACAGGGUCGAAAAUUACUAUACAUAUGACAUUACUUAGCUAUCUACUCACACACUAUAGCAUGGCACUUUCAUAUUACUUGUGUAAAUAAAUUAGAAUAGACAAGGUGGUGCUCAAUUUUAAGUAAUUUCUUAAUUAAUAUGCACCUCAGCCUAAACUUCCUAAGUUGAUUUACAUUGUGUAAAAAAAAUGAUUUGUAAAAGAGCAGUUGUGCUUCUUUAAUUGUAUUGUUAAUUAUUUUUGACAUGAACAGUUGUUAAGGAAAGUGUUACUGGUGCAGUAGGAAGUGUAGCUUGUAAUGCCCAAAGGAACAGGAUCAUUUGUUUACUGGUGAGGUAACAGGGACUUUGACAUACUGCUGUCAGUAAACUGCUGCUGCUGUGAGGGCAGUGGACAGAGGUUUGUAUUUAUUUCAGACAAGAGGUUUCUUUCCAUUUGUUCUGAAUACAACUUUGAAUUAAGGGAGGCAAAACAGUUUCUGGAUAUUAAUACAUUUUGUCAUGUAAUAUGCAUUUUCAAACAUUUAUCUGUGCCACAUUUAAUGAAUUGUGUUUUCCAUCUGGUUAAAUAAAUAAAAUAAUUUAAAACUGA